AGCAGCAACGGAGAAUUCAGUAGUCGCUCGCACAUCGAAGGCGUCGGACACGGGAAUUCAGAUUGUGAAAAUGGACUUUUAUUACUCACCUGGCUCGGCGCCGUGCCGCUCCGUUCUGAUGACUGCUGCCGCACUGGGCAUUAAGCUGAACAAGAAGUUGCUCAACACUGGCGAAAAGGAGCAACUGAAGCCGGAGUUCAUCAAGCUGAAUCCCCAGCACACGAUCCCAACGCUCGUGGACAAUGGCUUCUCCAUUUGGGAAUCGCGUGCCAUUCUGGUCUACCUGGUUGAGAAGUACGGCAAAGAUGAUUCACUCUUUCCCAAGGAUCCACAGCAACAGGCGCUAGUUAAUCAGCGUCUAUACUUUGACAUGGGCGUACUCUACCAGGCCUUCGCCGACUAUUACUAUCCACAGUUUCGGUUUAACAAGCCAGCCGAUCCAGAAAACUUCAAGAAAGUCGAAGCUGCCUUUGCUUUGCUGAACACUUUUCUGGAAGGCGAGCAAUAUGUGGCCGGCAGUCGGCUAACAGUCGCCGAUAUUUCCAUCUUAGCCUCAGUUUCGACUGUUGUGACAGUGGGCUUUCCACUGGAAAACUAUCCAAACGUGGCCAAGUGGUACGAACAUGUCCAAAAAGUUACGCCCGGCUGGUCCGAGAAUCAGGAAGGCUUGGAAAAGCUCAAAGAGCGGAUUGCAGCAAUGCGCAAACAGUAAAUUUAUCACAGUCUCUUGAUAUUUUAUAACAAAUAUUUAUAAU